UUCUCAGCUCUCAACCAAACACUCCUCUUUUCAGAUCGCUAUUACAUACAUACAUCUAUCUUGAGUUGAUUAAUUUCUCUGCAGGCGUUUAGAGAAGAAUUCUAAGAUGGCAGACGACAGCACAGCAACGUGCAUAGACAUCCUGCUAGCCAUCCUGCUGCCCCCUCUUGGUGUCUUCCUCAAGUAUGGAUGCAAGGUGGAGUUCUGGGUUUGUUUGAUUCUGACAUUUUUUGGCUACCUUCCUGGUAUCCUUUAUGCUGUCUAUGUCAUUACCAAGAACUGAUCUCCUUCUAUGGUAACAGAUCGAGAAAAAACUGCAGGGUUGCUCCUCCUGUGUUUUUGUUCUUGUUUGUGUGUGUGUGUCUGUUUCUUUUUCUUUUUCUUUUUUUUUUUUUUGGAUGAGGGUGAAUGUGAGCAAUUAAUUAAGAUUAAUUCAUCUAGCUAUUUUCUGUUGUUAUAUUUCAUGUGUAAUUGUGUUUAUUAUAUUGUUGGAGUAUGUAUUGUUGUCC